GCUUUCAAAAUAUACGUUUUCUCUAUUUAAACGAGAUAUUAAACGUUGUCUCAGUAUUAAUUGUAAGCCUGAAUAUAGACAUCGUGGUUAUUAAACCUGUAAACAAUGAGUUGUGGAUGCUUAAUUAAAGCAAACCCACGUGACUGCAGGUCUCUCCUCCUGGCAUAAGAACAGGUGGUCGCAGUGGGGUUUAACUCAGACACGCACUGUAAUAGUAAUCUUGUCAUCCCAUCCAUAAGUUGUCUUUGACAAUAUCUAAAUCUUUUUGUAGCCUGUAUUAUAUAGUUAGCUAAGCUAUAGACGGUCGUCUUAUAGUUAUCAGGGAAGUGUGAGAUUAAAGAAGCGGUACUCAUGAAGGUGGAGGGAGAGAUGGGGAGCGGUGGCGCAGCGGUGUCGGGUGCUCGCGGUGGCAACGACUGCUGUAUAACCCGACUGCUGAACGUCGUGGAGAGCGAGUUACAGGCCGGGAGGGAAAAAGGAGAUCCUACUGAAAAACAACUUAAAGUUGCGCUGGAGGAUGCUGAACUCUGGAGGAAAUUCAAAGAAGUCACGAAUGAGAUGAUUGUGACCAAGAAUGGCAGGAGGAUGUUCCCAGUCCUGAAGGUCAGUGUUACUGGUCUAGAUCCCAAUGCCAUGUACUCCUUCCUCUUGGACUUCAGUCCUGCAGAUGGGCACCGAUGGAAGUACGUAAACGGCGAGUGGGUACCUGCGGGCAAACCCGAACCUCACAGCCACAGCUGUGUCUACAUCCACCCCGACUCUCCCAACUUCGGUGCGCACUGGAUGAAGGCUCCAGUGUCAUUCAGCAAAGUCAAACUCACCAACAAACUCAGCGGAGGUGGCCAGAUUAUGCUGAAUUCUCUUCACAAGUAUGAGCCACAAAUUCACAUCGUUCGCGUGGGAGGAAACCACAGGAUGGUGACCAACAUCUCUUUCCCAGACACUCAGUUCAUCGCUGUAACUGCCUACCAGAAUGAAGAGAUAACCGCACUGAAGAUAAAACACAACCCUUUUGCGAAAGCGUUCCUUGAUGCUAAGGAAAGAAGCCAUCCCAAGAAUCUAGAACCUCAAGGCGAAAACCCGCACAUGGGCAUACCACACUGUGGAUGGUUCAUAUCAAACCCAGAGACGCUGUGCUCUGCUGGUGGUGGCAACUUUCCAUACGCUGGGGGUUUACCGCUAACCCCCCACCAUGGGUACAAACACUACCCGAAUCUGCAUGGGCACCGAGCAGCACCGUAUCCUUCACCCUAUCUGCCUCGCCACCAUCAUCACUGUGCUCAACACUCAGUGUCUCUAUCUGAGAAUCGGAGUCCAAGUGCGGUGCAAGUGUUUUCUGGUCACGAAAGUUGGACAGGUGUGUCUCCUCCUGGUCCUUCUGCGAUGUUAUCCAUGCAGCCUGCUCCAAGCCCUUCUGGAGCCAGCAGUCAGUAUCCAUGCCUGUGGACUGUGAGCAGUUGCACUGUGUCAUCCAGCCCUCCAGGGGGCACUGCGAACACCACGCACACUCAGGAGGACCCCGUAGAUGACGGCGGCUCCUCCACAUCAUCAUGCUCGUUACUGCCGGGUCACAGACCAACCGGCGCCGAGGGUGCUGUCGAACAAGCCAGUCACAGUAGGGUGGGCGGGGUGAGCUGGUCUUCUGUCACCACCCACUCGUUUUGAAUGCUCUCAUUAAACUUACAAUGAGGCAUGCAAGAUGCGUAAACGACCCCGUCCCAAAUGAUUUCUUAGCCAUUCGUCCCAAUCCAAUGUGGGUCUUAUUUAAAGUCACAUUGUCACCUUACUGUCCCACAGGCAAGUUAAAGACAUUUUGCAAAUGCAGCAUUCAGGACAGGGCCAUCUUUAAAAACAUUGUGCUUUCAGUGUAUUGCUGUACUGUCGUAACAGUAAUCUGAAACUUGGUAUAGUUUGUACAUUGUUACCCCCCAGUCACAUUAGCUACAAGAGACAGAGCGACAGGCUACCAUUCAUUUUCAAUG